UGUAUAGUCAGGGCUUCUGCUGGGCAGGGCCAGCUGUUAAUCCUCCAGGCGGACACCGGGGCGUGGGGGGGGAGAUGGGGCAUAUAGGUGGCGUCCGCUGGUGAGAAACACCUAGCGCAGGUAAAAGGGUGGCGGCGAGAGGGAGUUCCCACCUGUUGCGUUCUUCCAGAAAUGAAGACUUAAGAAAAUACCUAGGAGGGGCCGAUCGCUGUCUUUCGGACGCGCCUGGAAACCCCACCCUCGGUCAGAGGAAAAGCCCUUGGGCUGAGAGGCAGGAGCUUCAGAAAAACCGAGAAGAAAAGCAGCUCCUCCGCGCGCCGGGUCCUCGGCCUCGCACUCCUGCGCCCCGGCCGCGGCCCUUCGCCCCGCCGCGCCCUCCCUCCCCGGCCUCCGGGUGCCUCGGCCGGCGACCUGCCCCGGAGUCCUCCCAUGGCGCCAGCCCGAGCCCCAGGCUCCCCGAGCGGGGCCCUCUGCCGGCAACUCCUGCUGACCCUCGCGAUCUUAACGUUUGCCUGUGAUGCCUGCAAAACAGUGACACUACAUGUUCCCUCUAAACUAGAUGCUGAAAAAUUAAUUGGUAGAGUUAACCUGAGGGAGUGCUUUAAAUCUGCAACUCUCAUUCACUCAAGUGACCCUGAUUUCCAAAUCUUAGAAGAUGGUUCAGUCUAUACAACACACGCCAUUCUUUCGUCCUCAGAGAAGCGCUCUUUUACCAUAUUGCUUUCCAACACAGAGACCCAAGAAGAGAAGGAGAUACCUGUCCUUUUAGAGCAUCAAACAGAGGUACUAAAGAAACAGCAUUCUCAGGAGAAAGUUUUGAGACGUGCCAAAAGAAGAUGGGCUCCUAUUCCUUGCUCAGUGCCUGAGAAUUCCUUGGGUCCAUUCCCACUUUUUCUUCAACAGAUUCAAUCUGAUACAGCCCAAAACUACACUAUUUACUAUUCCAUAAGUGGGCCUGGAGUUGACAAAGAACCUCGCAAUUUAUUUUAUGUAGAGAGAGAUACUGGAAACCUGUUUUGUACUCGUUCUAUAGAUCGUGAAACAUAUCCAUCAUUUGAGCUAGUUGCCUUUGCAACAACUCCGGAUGGAUAUACUCCAGAAUAUCCAUUGACCCUGGUCAUCAGAAUUGAGGAUGAAAAUGAUAACUACCCAAUUUUUACAGAAACAAGUUACGUUUUUAAAGUUUUUGAAAACUGCAAAAUUGGUACUACCGUGGGACAGGUUUGUGCAACAGACAAAGAUGAGCCUGACACCCUGCACACGCGUCUAAGGUACUCCAUCAUCGAGCAGUUUCCAGCAUCACCUACCCUCUUUUCUAUGCAUCCAACCACAGGCGUGAUCACCACAUCGUCAUCUCAGCUAGACAGAGAGCUAAUUGAUAAAUACCAGCUGAAAAUUAAAGUACAAGACAUGGAUGGUCAGUAUUUUGGUUUGCAGACAACUGCAGCUUGCAUCAUUAAUAUUGAAGAUGUGAAUGACAACUUGCCAACAUUCACCCGUUCUUCUUAUGUGGCAUCCGUGGAGGAGAAUAGAAUUGAUGUGGAAAUCUUACGUGUUGCUGUUCAGGAUAAGGAUUUAAUUAAUACUGCUAAUUGGAGGGCUAAUUAUACCAUUUUAAAGGGUAACGAAGAUGGAAAUUUUAAAAUUGUAACAGAUUCCAAAACCAAUGAAGGAGUUCUAUGUGUGGUUAAGCCACUGAAUUAUGAAGAAAAACAGCAGGUGACCCUGCAAAUUGGUGUAGUUAAUGAAGCUCCAUAUACUGGUAGUAGUUCAAGAUCAACCAUGAACACAGCAACAAUCACUGUUAAUGUGCUAAAUCAGGAUGAGGGCCCUGAGUGUGACCCUCGGGUACAAACUGUUCUAAUGAAAGAAAAUGUACCAGUGGGAACAAAGAACAUUGGCUAUAAAGCAUAUGACCCGGAAACAAGAAGUAGCAGUGGCAUAAGAUAUAUGAAGUCAAGUGAUCCAGAAGGGUGGGUCGAUGUGGAUGAAAACUCAGGAGUAAUCACCAUUUUGAAAAGACUCGAUAGAGAAGCCAGAAGUGGUGUAUAUAAUAUUUCAAUCAUUGCCUCAGACAAAGAUGGGAGAACAUGUAAUGGAGUACUGGGGAUUAUUCUUGAGGACAGGAAUGAUAACGGCCCAGUCAUACCUCAGCGGACGGUGAUAAUCUGUAAACCUGUCAUGUCGUCGGCCGAGAUUGUUGCUACAGAUCCAGAUGAACCCAUACACGGCCCACCCUUUGACUUCAGUCUGGAAGGUGCUUCUGAUUCAGAGGUACUUAGAAUGUGGAGACUGAUGAAGGUUAACGAUAUAUCAGCACGUCUCUCCUAUGUGAAUGACCUCCAGUUUGGAAAAUAUACAGUCCCUGUCAGAGUUACAGAUAGACUCGGCCUGUCACUUGUCACUCCCUUAAACGUGAUAUUAUGUGACUGUGUUACCCCAAAUGACUGCAUCACUUACUCAGGUCUGAGUGGUGACACCGGAGAAGUGAUACUUGGAAAGUGGGCCAUCCUUGCAAUAUUGUUGGGCAUAGCACUGCUAUUUUGUGUCCUAUUCACCUUGGUCUGUGGGGCUACUACUGGGGCAGCCAAAAAGCCAAAAGUAUUUCCUGAUGAUUUAGCUCAGCAGAACCUCAUCGUGUCAAACACUGAAGCUCCCGGCGAUGACAAAGUGUAUUCCACAAAUGGUUUCACAACCCAUGCUGUGGGUGGCUCUGCUCAGGGAAUUUGUGGCACCCUGGGAUCAAGAGUGAAAAAUGGAGGGCAAGAGACCAUCGAGAUGGUAAAAGGAGGGCACCAGACCAUGGAGUCCUGCCAGGAAACUGGGCAUCAUCACACCCUGGAACGGUGUAAGGAAGGUGGACAGCACACUCUGGAUUCCUGUAGAGGAGGACCAGUAGCAACCGACAACUGCAAAUACACGUACUCCGAGUGGUACUCUUACACCCAGCCCCGUCUCGGUGAAAAGGUCCUGCAGUGUGAUCAGGAUAACACCCAUAUGCAAGCUCAAGACUAUGUCCUGACCUAUAACUACGAAGGAAGAGGAUCAGCAGCUGGAUCUGUGGGCUGUUGCAGCGAACGACAAGAAGAAGAUGGACUUGAGUUUUUGGAUCAUCUGGGACCCAAAUUUAGGACACUUGCGGAAACAUGCAUGAAGAGAUGAAUGCCUUCUAAAUGGUCUACAAAAGUCAAUGGUUUAUCGUUGUUGUUGUUUUUUUUUUAUAAGCUAAGAUUUUUUUAAAACAUAGAAGAUGCUAUAUUUGGGGCUUUUCCCCUUAAUUUUGUUGGGAUCUCUUUAGCCAAAUGCACAUUCACUGAGGGAUGCUGUAAAUAACUACACAGAUUUCCUGGCUUUUUCAUAGUGUUUAGUUACUUAUCUUCCACCUAAGGACACCUGCAGAUAGACAAGAAAGUCUGCGUUAUUGUUUACAUUUGGGUAUAAUGACAGCAGCCAAUGUAUAGUGCAAUACAAUGUAAUGAAUUCACGUGUAUAUCAUAGAUUACUUGAAGUAGAACCAAAUGGAAAAUUAUAGAGACCUUGCUCUAAUUUAAUCUUCAGUUACCUAAUUCAUUGAUCAUUUGUAUGGUACUUAAAGACUGCUGUUCUCCUAAACAUUCUGAAGUGUUUAUACUGCAUUCUUGAUGUUGUUUUAGUCUUGUAACAUGACCUGUCUUCAUAAAGCAAGUGUUGACUGUUAUUAUAAUUCCAUUUUGGUGGAGUUUAGUUUCUGCCUUGUAUUCUUUGUGAAAUCUGGCACUGAAUUACACUUGCUCUGUUACUCACCUUCUCCGAACAUUUACAUUUUAAAAAAUGUUGUAAGAGUGUAUUUUUAUUUCUGUGAGGUUUUGGUCUUUGGUCUCCUAGUCCCCGCUCUCCACCGCCCCCUCCGUCUCUGUCUCUCACCUUCUCUCUCCUCCCUUCGUCCCCUUCACUUCCUUCUCCCUCUCUCUCUCUCUGUCUCUAUCUUGUUUGUGUUCUUAAAGUUUGUAUUUGGGUUGGAGAACCUAAAUAUAGUUAAAAGCCAUCUCUCUUUCCUCUCUUAUAAAGUUCUGUGUUUCUGUUUUAUAUAAGCACCUGUAUUCUUGGCUUUUCUUAAAAGUCAAUGUAAUGUUGAUUUUAUGGUUUGAACUAUUUUGGUGCUUGCUUCAUUAUCUUCCCUACAGAGACCCUUUAAUUUUGCCACUGAAUUGUAGAAAUAUAUCAUGCUUUUAUUAGAUGCAGUGUUUUAUGUUAACAAAAGGAAUACUGUAAUUAAAAUUGGGAUGUGGACAUUUA